CGAAGCGCGUCGCAAGGUCGCCUCCUUCUCAAUGGCCUACGUUAUAUAGGGAACCCGCAUGGUGCUCGCCAAUAGUCAGUGGUACCGUGGCUAAAUGGCAUGAGCGAAAAUGGCCCAUCUUAGAAAGAUUCUGCUGCUGCUGUCGCUGCUCGCGCUCAAAGGACGGUGCUUGGAGGGCCUGAACCAAACCGAGCAAGCAGUCGAAGAGCUGAUCCAGUCAGAAACCAAAGACGGAAAGCUGGAAAUUGUAAAGCGCAUCAAAAAAAUCAAUCCUGAUGGUUCCUACACGAUUGGCUACGAAGCAGACGACGGUUCAUUCAAAAUCGAAAGCAGAGACGUGCUUGGCAACAUCAAGGGGACCUAUGGGUUCGUGGAUGACGAAGGAGAGAUUAAGAGAGUGUCCUAUAGCUCCAGUAAUGCGAGCGAUGUCUUCCCCAACAAGUCCCAGCUGUUCCCAGCGUCCUCAGUGGUGCAGCGUAUCCCCAAGUCUACAACUGCUAGGCCCAUCAGCUCUACAAGCUCCACAAGCGCCCCAGCAUCCACAACGCCGCUCAGCGUCAUCCAGAGCAUAGCCAGACGUCGAGUCACUCAAAGUAGCACCUCGACGACAACAGCCAGGCCCAAUGUGGUGGUCUACAGCUCGGCAGCCCCUCGAGUCCUGCUGCAGCGCCCCUCUUUGAGCAAACUGCCCGAAGCUAAAUCCGAAGUGCAAAUCAACCGGCCCGAGGCCUCAAUAAAGCGGCAGCACUUCGAAGACAUCAAGCCUGUAACGGAGGAAUUCAGCGAGGUUCGCUCCAAUCUGCUCAGACGCCAGACUUUGGGAGAGCCAGGGUUUAACUCCCCAUUCGUGCACAACGAUGACCAGGAUGUGUACAACAGUGUCACCUCUCGUCCUCUGUUCACCACAUCCAGGCCUCCAGUUCGGUUGGGACUAACCACAACUGCGCCCAAACCUUUAGAGGACAGUUUCCAGAGACAUCAGCUUGAGGAGGUGGAGAGCAACACGGCAGUGAACAAAGUAGGGCUGGCGCCCACUCCCGAGCCUCUAGUAGCCAUUAGGCAUCCUUUCCAACAAGGCGCCAUCCUGGUGCCGCUCAGUCAGCUCCAAAACCGCAUCCUCCCAGUGGAAAAUAUGCAGGAAGUUUAUCAGGCCAGGCAAAACUAUGCAGAGCGCCAGCAAGUGAAGCGUCUCACUCCUGCGGGUUUGCGGCCCCUCCCAGUGCAGGUGGACGCAAAUGGGUUCAUCCACCAAAUGCCAUCCACUCCCUACCCCAUCACAAUAACGCCUACAGAGUUGCCCAGCGGCGACAUAGACCAGAUCCAGCCCCCGGUGAGCACCAGGGACUUUCAAACCCUCCUCAACCACCUGAUUAGGCGCCAGAAGAUGCUGGAAACCAUCAGUGAGCUAAUGCAGCGCGAAAAACAAUUCCCUGGAGGCUUUCGCAGGUACCAACCUAGACAGCAAGUGGGAGUGAGGUUGGAGGAGGAGGUGCCUGGGGGCUAUGAGUACCAGGAUGAGCGGCAGUAUGUGGGCAGGAGGAGAGCUUCCAGGGGUUACCAGCCAGAGGUCACGAGAGGAAGAGGGCCGGAGGAGGAGUACCUGCCUGCAGAGGUGCGCGAAUCUUUGCUGCUGCGCAUGCUGAAGCUGGCCAUGAAUCCGGCAUUGCCGUUGCAGGAAGAUGAGGACGCGGAGCCUCAACAGGUAGCCACGGCGGCGACACUGCAAUACCGCAAACUGCCAAUGAGGAAUGUGGAAAUAAUCGGUGAAGAACAGCUGGAGGACACCGAUGCAAAAAAGCGCCGAGCGAAGCGCUACAAGGACGAAGACAUGGAGUACAUGGAGUAGCUUAAAAAGUCAAUCACCCUGUAUAGUAUUUAUUAAUGGUAGUAGUUGUGUAAAUAUAGAAUGGCGUAAAAGUUACCAAAGAUAUGUGAGAAAAACACCUGAACUGGUUGCGAAUUCAUAAUAAAGAAAACAAUGAAACAUU